ACGGACACUCAACACCGUUCAGUUGGACAGAGACGUGCCAGCCAAGCCUUACCCUUACCCUUACCCUUUCCCGCCGAUUCAUUCACCCAUUCCACUCCUCUAACUAUAAAUUCUGUUACUCCUCUCUUCACAACUCUACACUUCACAACCAAUCAAUCCAUGAAACUUCUACAACUAUCACCACCAUGCUCUUGAAAACCAUAAUCCACCGGAGACUACUCUCUCUACUCAAUCCAUGGCUACGAGAAGAGCCCCAAAUCGACCUCCAAUUAGGGUUCUUCCACUCCCUCGCCGUCGCCAACAACCUCCGCUUCGACACCUCCGUUCUCAACCACCUCUUCGACGCUCCUCCGUCCCUCGUCAUCAAGGACCUCACCGUCGAACGCCUCACCGUUCGAUUCUCCGCCUGGUCAUCGCCGGACUUCACAAUCGAACUUCACGGCGUUCGCCUCGUGCUGGCGUUCGAGAAGCCGGAAACGGAGGAAUGCGCGAGGCGGUUGCGGAAUUGGAAGUAUGAUCAUUCCGAUUAUCUCAGGAAGAAGCUUUCGGAACUCGAUCCUGAGGGCUGUUCAUUGCAUCACAUUUUGGAGAGGAUCUUAUUUGCUGUCCCUGAGAGGAAGGAUUUUACAUCAUCUGUUUUGAAUCUCAUCAUGAAUAGCUGUCGUCUUGAAGCGCGUCACAUUCACGUGGCGAUUCAAUUCCCCAUAUUAAAUGACGAGUUUGAAUGUUUUGGAGAAAUAAAGGAGGUCAGUGCAAGUUCUAAGUAUCUGGAUAAAAAAUGUCUUCUUAGAGGUUUUCUUAGUACAAUUUUUAUUCCGAUGAGAGAGAGCUCUUUUACAUUGAAUGGCAUUGGAAUCAGGGUCGGAUUAAUUGGAAAGAAUGACACAAAGCGUGUUUUGCUCUCAUCUGAUGUCCGGAGUUUCAUUAAAUUCAGAGAUCUUGAGCUGGCAGAUUGCACACUCUGUUUUCCCGAACUAGCUUUUUCAUUCUCUCCAGAUGACAUCUCUAAGUAUAUUCAUUUAGACGAAUUACUAUCUAAUAAGUCCAACCAAGCUAGGAAUGCUAGAGAAUUAUGGAGAAUAGCUUCCAGCAGAAUCGGCCACGUGACUUUAUCUCCCAGAUUGUCAUUGCAAAGAUUAGUUGGUGUUAUAGGCCAAUGGAUAAACUAUGUCAAUACUUAUGAGAAUAUCUUGCUUCUUACUGGAUAUUCUACUGGCCACACAUGGAAGAAGUCCGUUUCUAAGGUGUCUCAUAACAAACUGAUUUUGAGUUCUGCUAGACACCAUUGGGAGUUGAUCUCUGACAUUGAGAAAAAUUUGCCUGUUGAAGGUAUAACACUGGCAAGGCGAAUAGCUCGUCAUAAAGCAUCCUUGAAAAUUCCAUUUGAUUGUCAUAAGGAAUUUGCGGCCACAAGUAAUUUCUUUCACCCAUUUCUUUCUAUACUGGCAUUUAUAUGGCAAGUCAUCUCAAAGAUAAUACAUUGUAUAGUGCUCAUCUUUUACCGGAAGAAAAUAAUGCAAGAUCCUGAUAUUGAUGGAUGUUUUUUGGGAAGUCUAAAUGAAGAGCCUUGUCAAAGGUGUUAUUUUGUGGUGAACUUUGGGAAAAUCAUAAUAUCAGUUUCUCGAAUAAAUGAAAUUCAACCAUCUGCAUGUGAAAAAUUUCAGUCACAUACUGGGAUUUCAAACUCAGAUUUCCUUUCAAUAUACUUCUGUAUGGAUGCUUUGUUAUUAGUAUCUGUGAAAGACAUUUUUGAACAAAGGGUCUUUCUAUCAUGUGGGAAAAUGAAGGUUAAUCUUGCACCCUUGAAAAUGUCAGCAGAAUCAAUUACAAUGGAUAUGCUUCGUUCAGUCAAAGGAAACGGAAAGGAAAGCAUUAAUGAUAUGGAAUCACUUCUGUGGGUUGAACCUGCAAAGAUGUUUCUCCUUUCAGAAACUAAUGUUGCUGAAUUUGAAGAUUCUGUUGAUUCUCAUAUUGAAAGCUUUAUGGGAAAGUUGUCAGCGAGUUUGAAAGGAAUUUACAGCAAUUUGGGUGAAAGUGAGAUUGAGUAUUCUGAAAAUCCAUGCCUUCUAUUUAAGAUUGAGAUAUAUUCCACAUAUCCAGACAACAAUAAUUCAGAUUUUGGGUUUUGUGAAUGGGGUUUAAUGCUAGGAAAGUUAAAUUUAGUUCUGACUCAUUCUUCAGUAACAUCGGUGUCUCUCAUUCUUAGACAAAUACAACAUGCUGUUUACUGGAAGAACAAGAGGGAAAUGUGUACUGUUCCAAAUUUUGUGGAGAAAACAGAAAAUGCUUGGGUUAAAAAAUAUGAACGUUUUUUCAAAGGAUUGAUUUUGGCCUUGCUUCAAAAGCUUCCAGAGAAACACAUUCAUUUUGGAGUGUUUGUUGAUGGUUCUUCUGUAAGAUUUUCACACAGAAGGGAGGCCAGUCUUGGUUGUAAAGACAUUAAUGACAAUAUCAGUCAGGAUGACUUUGACUUCGCUUUUGAUUUCAAUGCGAUUGAAGCUGUUGUCAGUUCUCCUCCUUUAGUUGGCAUUGCAUCAUUGUCAGGUCACUUGGGGCUUGAUACUACCAAAGCAGAGUGUAUUACAUUGGAACCUCAAGUGAUUGAAAUGCCAAAACCCAACAAUGAUAAGUAUGCUUCCUUAGGAAAGACUUCAAUUGGUACCUACCUUCAUCUAAAUGGCUUAAAUGCUUAUUUGGAGAAAUCAGCAGAAGACCAUCAGAUUCAACUUUUUAUAUUGAAGCCAAUUACCGUCCAGAUGCUAUCCUCUAGGGAUUACAUUUAUUCCUUGAGCACAACAAUGUCUGCAUUUUCAUCUGCUUUGGACAUAACAGCUGGAGGAUUCACGGUUUUGUCAUUUUUGGAUGAGGUGUACAUGAUCUAUAAGGCAGUUGCAAAUUUGUCUACUGCAGUAUCUUAUCUGUUUCAUAGCUUUGAAGAUGCUGAUUGCAUACAUCCAGAAGUUAUGGAACAAGAAGCAUUUUUUGCAGAACCUGCUCGUGGUGUGGCAAUUACAGGAGGGGAUUUACAGACAAAUGACAUCUGCCCGUUUUUUAUUAACGGGACCUGCAGAUUCUAUUCGAUGGAUGUCAUUCUUCAUUAUUCUAGGACAAGUGAUAAUUUGGAGAGAGGUGCUAGAAAGUUUGAAUUUUUAACUGGCAACAAAAUGGCUGUGAGAACGUUGCCUGAAUGUGGAAUUUGGUUUUCUAUUCAGCAGGGAACUAUCAUAGCAUCUUGUGAAGAAGGGAAAAUGGAUAUUGUCACUGAUUUAUCUGGAAUCAUGUCUUUUAUUUUUGAAUACCAGAAACCUUUGGGAAACAACCAUGAUGAUAUUGUACUAGAAAAUUUGCUAUUGCAAUCUGUUAAUUGUUUACAUGAAAUAUCUCUUUCUGGUUGCACAUUUUCUUUAUGCUUGGGUCUCGCUCAAAGUAUCUCAUCGUCAGGAAAUUACAGCAAACCAUUUGGUAGUUCUAAUUCUGAUGCUAAUAUAUCUUACAUGGCGCUAGAAUCCAACUUGGCAGUCUCUCAAAGAUCAAAUAACCAAUCUGCCUGCAUGGUUGAAAAAAUGGGGUCUCCUACAAAUAUCAGCGCAUUAGCGUCAGAAAGUCACUGGUUAUUGAUAAAUGUUGCAGUAGAUAAUAUCUUCGUUGGUAGACGCUCAAAGAAGAGUGAUCUGGUUCAAGCACAUAAAUUGAAUAAGCUUCUAUCUUUGCUUUCUAUUGGAGGAGAGUUUCAUAUGAUAUCCUGGGAAAUCCAGGGUGGACUAGUUCUUCUUGAAACAGCAUCGUUGCCAAUGGCCAUGGAUAACUAUUCUUCAUAUCUUCAUUAUAUUGGGAAUCUCACUUCUGAUGUACAGCAACCUAAUAAAAGCAAGCAGAAGGUAGAGCAUGGCAAAAAGAGCGAUAAUCUCGAUGACGAGAUUGGUCAAGGGACUAUUAGCACUUCUGAACAAGCUGAAAGUGUAUUGCCGGAUGCAUUUGACUUAUCUUUGUCACACUUUUCUCUUGUUUUAGCUCUGGAAAAUGAACAUGGUAGUAUCCAAGAAAUCAUACUGGAGGUUGACAUGCAUCUAAAAUUUGAAUUGGCAACUAAUGGGAGAAAAUUAACAGUUAACCUUUCUCGUUUAUCAAUCCUCUCUCAAACUAUUCAUGAUAGAGUGGAAGGUGAAAUGGAAAUUCCUCAUUUUUCUUCUGUCACAUCAAAAGAUUCAAGAUUUCAGAAUUUUGGUGAAUUGAACUCAGUUAAUGGUGCAAGUAGUUCAAACGACCCUGUUCCUGUUCAGUUAAGUCAUCAGAACCAAAUUUUAAAAGAUUUCAGGGCUCUCUUGUCACUAGAGAGGCCAGACAACGGAUCUUUGCAUUUGUCUCGGCAUUGGUGUGGCACUGGUUCUCUCUCAGGUUUGGAGUUGACACUUUCUGUAUAUGAAGUUCAGACAAUUUUGUCAAUAGCCUCCUCACUCUCUGGGAUAUCCAGUCAGGAUGCAGUUAAAGAAUCGGAGAAAAAUCAUAGGUCUACAAGCCAUGAAAUUUUAAAUAGUUUGGAAGCGGUGAUUCCUGAUGGUGCAAUUGUGGCUAUUCAAGAUGUCAACCAGCACAUGUAUUUUACAGUUGAAGGUGAAGAAAAGGCUUUCAGUAUAGGUGGUACCAUUCAUUAUUCUCUUGUAGGAGAAAGGGCUCUUUUCAGGGUCAAACACUGUACCCAACGGAGAUGGAAUUCUACAAUUUUGUGGUUUUCCUUGAUAUCACUGUAUGCUAAGAGUGAUAUGGGUGUGCCGUUGAGAUUAAAUUGUCGAUCAGGAUCAUGUUUUGUGGAUAUCUCUUGUACUAACGAUGGAGGAUGCGCACUUUGGAGAGUCGAUCCUCAACAGGAUGAAAAUUAUGAACAAGUUGCUGACUGGGAAGCUUCCAGUCAAUCAGUGAAGAGAAAUUUCUAUCUUGUGAACAAAAAGAAUAACUCUGCUAUUGCUUUCAUUGAUGGUGCUCCGGAGUUUGUUAGGAAGCCUGGGAAUCCAAUCAAAUUUAAAGUUUUUGAUGAUCUUUCUGUUUCUGAUGAUGUUCCAGGGACAGCUAGCUACCCUAGCAUGGCUCUGAAAACCUCUUGUCAGGGUGGAAAACUUCCUUGUAUUGAUAUUAAAAUUGAGAAAUUUUCUAUGAGUAUUUUUCAUGAACUUUCAGACACUGAAGAUCUCUUCCCUCUCAUUUGCUUGUUCAUCAACAAUACACAACUUGUUAUACAAAGUUUAGCAACAAAAUCCAGGGUCAUGAGCACAUCAAGGGCAGCGGUACAUUACUUUGAUGCUCAAAGAAACUUAUGGGGAGAACUACUCCAUCCUGUAGAAAUUUGCAUUUUUUACCGAUCUAAUGUUGAGGCCCAGCUUUCAGAAUAUGCAUCUCAAGCAGUGCCUGUAAAUUUCUUCUGCCGAAUAAAAGAGCUGGACAUAUCCCUAAAUGAGAAUUCACUGGAUGUGCUUCUCUUCGUGAUCGGGAAAUUGAACCUGUCUGGUCCUUAUUCACUGCGAAGCUCCAUGGUUCUGGCUAACUGCUGCAAGGUGGAGAAUCAGUCAGGGUCAAGUCUUCUAUUUCACUUCAAUCAGCAACAGAUAAUAAUACCCAGGAAACAGUCAGCCUCCAUUUUAUUAAGGAGUCUCUCUGAUCUCAAAAAUCAAGAUUUAGAAUCUGCAACUUCUGCUUCUAUCCAACUUGAUUGUGGUUCCUUUGCAACUUCUUCUAUUCAUCUCCUACUUUCAAAAACACAGACUCUUGCUUGGAGAACCCGAAUUAUGUCAAAAGAAGGUUCAAGAACCUUCCCAGGGCCAAUUUUAGUGGUCAACAUUUCUAGAAAUUCAGAGGUCGGCUUGUCAUUUGUGGUUUCUCCUUUGAUUAAUAUACAUAAUGAAACUGGAUUUUCAUUGGAACUUCAAUUCCAGCGACCUGAGCCAAUGGAAGAUGAAUUUGCAUCUGUGUUGUUAACACCAGGGGAUUCUAUUGAUGAUUCUGUGGCUAUGUUUGAUGCCACAAACUUAUCUGGGGGAGUAAAGAGGGCGAUAAUGUCUUUAAGUGUUGGUAACUUCUUAUUUUCAUUUAGACCUAAAAUGACAGAGGAAUUGAUUACCUCUGAAAGUUCUUUUUCAUCGGAAUGGUCGGCUUAUAUUAAAGGUGGGAAAGCUGUGCGUCUAUCUGGAAUAUUUGAUAAAUUAAACUACAGAGUUCGUAAGGCUUUGUUUGAAAAAUCAGUUAAAUGUUCCUUUAGCACAGCCCAUUGUACACUCAAGUCUGAGGGUGUAUCUGUUUCCAAAAUGCAUUUUCUCAUUCAGACAAUUGCUAGAGAAGUACCUAUUGCAUCACCUGAAAAGUCUGCUGCUGUGUUAAAAAAUGAGAAUUCAACAGUAUCAUUGCUGGAGCAGAAAGAAAUAUUUCUUCUUCCUACUGUACGAAUGACCAAUUUAUUGCAUUCGGAGAUAGAUGUCCUUCUAAGUGAAACAGGUCAGCCAAAGCUGGUUGAAUAUGACAAAAUUGGGAAGCAGGCAACAAUAUCAUGUGGUUCAACAGUUGACUUUUAUGCCAAUCCAGAACUUAUAUACUUCACUGUGAAUCUAACUUCUUCUACUUCUAGUUCCAAGCCUGUAAAUAGUGGGGAUUGUGUGAAGAAGUUACUGAAGCAGAACAAUGAUGUCCAACAUGUCGAUAUAAAGUUGGACCUUGAUGGAGGAAAUUUUUCUGCAACCUUGAGAUUGUACCGUGGAAAUAGGGGCAUUCUGGAGGUUGUUGUUUUUACAUCAUAUUCUAUGAAGAAUGAUACAGCGUCACCAAUUUAUGUUCUUGCAACCAAAAGGUGGCCUCUAUCCAGAGUUGAAUUAGACAAUUUAAAUUCUAACAUUCCUUCAGAGCUAGGCUUAUUUUUGCCUCCAAAGUCAACCAGAUCAUGGUUCUUGAAAUCUGAAAAAGUGCAACUGAAAUUGCUGGAGGACCAUACAUCUGAGGCACUUCUAGACUUUGGUUCUUUGUCAGGCCUCACAGAAAUAAGCUUUAAGAAAGAAGAAGGAUCUGGUAUAAAAUCUGUAACAAAGAUUGGAGUGUCUAUUGGCCCUUCUUCAGGAGAAAUUGUCGUGCCAUCACAAAUGGUGACUUUGGUUCCACGAUAUGUUAUAUGCAAUGAAUCUGAAGAACGUAUAAUUGUUCGCCAGUGCUAUUUUCAGGAUGAGGAGGCAGGUUUCGUCUCCAUUGACAGCAAACAGAGAGUGCCACUACAGCUGAAGGAAGGAUUGAGCAAGAAAAGAGAGUUCAGUGUAUUUGAGCAUUUUAUCAGAAAGCACAGAUUUUCUAGUGACAAUUCCUUGUUAUAUAUCCAGAUUCAGACAAAUGAGCCUGGAUUGGGAUGGUCUGGGCCAGUGUGUAUAGCUUCUCUUGGACAUUUUUUCUUGAAAUUCAGAAAAGAGACGGAUGAAGUUAAAACAUUAGACAACAAAAUGACACAAUUUGCAGCUGUUCAUGUUGUAGAAGAAGGUUCUACUCUUGUUUUGAGUUUCUACAAGCCACCAAAUUUGAGUCUGCCUUAUCGAAUUGAGAAUUGUUUGCAUAGUCUAUCAAUAACUUGCUAUCAAAAGGAUUCAUUAGUGCCAGAGGUUCUUGGACCUGCAUGCAGUGCUGAUUAUGUCUGGGAUGAUCUGACUCUUCCUCGUAAACUGGUUGUCCGCAUCAAUGAUAGCCUUCAAUUACGAGAGAUUAAGUUGGAUAAGGUGCAAGCAUGGAGACCUUUCUACAAACUUGGGCAACAAGGAGUGUUGGCUCCACGUUUGCUCUUUGACAAAGGAUCAAGAGAUCAGAGGGUGAGUUUCAGGGAGCCUAGUGGCAUGGAGAUGGAAAAAGUGGGGUUUGAAAUAUAUGCAGAGGGACCAACCCGAGUUUUGCGAAUUUGUGAGAUCUCUGAUAGUUUCAAGAGACAAACAGUUCAUGCUUUGUGUGCAAAAAUUCAACUGAGAGUUUCUCAGUUUGCAGUUCACCUACUUGAACAUGUAACACAGGAGGAAGAUGACAAUGAGCGAAAAGAUUUUUCACCAAUUGUAGUUGCAAAGCUUGGGAAUCUUCACAUGAUUACUAUUUCUAAUAAUCACCAGAAAUAUAAUCAAUUCAGUAUACAGUACUUGAACUUUGAUCUUAAGUGGAAAGGAGCUCCUUUUUCAUCUAUGCUUCGUGGACAUCAAUUAGAUUACAGUGAAUCAAAUGAUAGUGCACUGAAGGUUGUUUUGGUCCUACUUACAUCCAAUUCCAAUGUUAAGCAAUUAAAAUAUUCAUCAAUUUUUCUUCAGCCAAUUGAUUUGAACAUUGAUGAGGAGACAUUAAUGAAAAUUGUGUCAUUUUGGAGAUCAUCCCUUAGUGCUUCAGAGAGUCAGCGCUACUAUUUCGAUCAUUUUGAAGUUCAUCCAAUAAAGAUCAUUGCAAACUUUAUUCCUGGGGAACCACGUUCAAGUUAUAGCUCAGCUCAGGAGGCUCUAAGGUCCUUAAUUCAUAGUGUGGUUAAGGUGCCUUCCAUAAAAAGUAGGGUAGUUGAACUGAAUGGGGUUCUGAUUACCCAUGCUCUGAUAACUAUGCGUGAAUUAUUUAUUAAGUGUGCUCAACAUUAUUCAUGGUAUACUAUGAGGGCCAUAUAUAUUGCUAAAGGAAGCACCCUUCUUCCUCCAGAGUUUGUAUCUAUUUUUGAUGACCUGGCUUCAUCAUCUCUUGAUGUCUUCUUUGAUCCAUCCCGCGGGUUAGCAAAUUUUCCAGGAUUCACUUUAGGUACUUUCAAGUUGAUAAGUAAAUGUAUCAAAGGUAAAGGUUUUUCAGGGACAAAGCGCUACUUUGGUGAUCUAGGGAAAACUUUGAGAUCAGCUGGUUCCAAUAUAGCUUUUGCAGCUGUAGCAGAAAUAUCAGACUCUGUUCUGAAAGGUGCAGAGGCAAAUGGUUUCGAUGGAUUGAUGAGUGGCUUUCACCAAGGAAUUCUAAAAUUGGCUAUGGAGCCAUCAUUUCUUGGAACUGCAUUGAUGGAAGGCGGUCCAGAUAGAAAGAUAUUGCUUGAUCAAAGUCCAGGUGUUGAUGAGUUAUACAUUGAAGGAUAUAUCCAAGCCAUGCUGGAUACAGUUUAUAGACAAGAAUACCUUAGAGUCAGAGUUAUUGACAAUCAGGUUAUCCUGAAAAACCUACCCCCCAAUCACUCUCUUAUCAAUGAGAUCACAAAUCGUGUCAAGGAGUUCCUUGUGAGUAAGGCAUUGCUAAAAGGAGAUCCCUCAACUACAUCCCACCCUUUACGCCGUCUUCGCGGAGAAAGUGAAUGGAGAAUAGGACCAACAGUCUUGACAUUGUGCCAGCAUCUUUUUGUUAGCUUUGCGAUACGCAUAUUGCGUAGGCAGGCCAACAAGUUUUUUCUCAGCAUUAAGGGGGAUAAGAAGUCAGAUAUUGGCGAUCACGUAGAUAACCCUCCAAGCUCUAUCGAAAAAGUGCAGAAACUGAAUUUCGUCCGAAAAUGGGGCGUCGGCAAAUUUGUGCUGUCUGGCUUGUUGGCAUACGUUGAUGGACGUCUAUGUCGUAGUAUUCCCAAUCCUUUAGCACGGAGAAUAGUGAGUGGCUUUUUGUUGAGUUAUAUUGACAAAAACGAUGAUGAAUAAAUUGUACAGUUGUCGUUGCUUUAGUAAUGUGAGCUAAAGAAACUGGAUGUGGUGGAUGAGGUUCCGUUGAAUAUUGGUGACGUAGUUGAAUUAGUUCACGUUCAAGUUGUAUAUAACGUUCAACUUCCAGCAUGAGUUAAGUCAGUCAACCCUUUCUCUUUUCACAUGAACGAAUGCAGAAUUUGAUAUGUUUUAGCUGAUAGGUUUGGAUUCAAUUCUUUCAAAUUCAAGGAGAUCAGCUCCUGAUUCAUUUAAAGCA